GCGUUGCCAAUUCAGUCAGUUGGACAAUACUCUCAGUCGAGCACGGACUCACCGAAACAAACACACACACAAAAGACGGAAAAGGGAUAAAGAAAUUUCUGCAGAAAUGCGAACAACAGCGUUGCUGAGCCUGCUGGGCCUGAUGCUGUGCCACAUCGAUGGCAGCGUGGUACCGUUGCCGGUGGCAUUGCCAACGCCAUUGGCUGGCACAUACCUGCUGCCACAACCGGGUCCUGUGCUCUUGCUAGUCCAGCCACCACCGCCCGAGGAUGAUGGCAGCUACAAGCCACCGAUUCCGCCAGCUGAUGGCAGCUGGUCACCCCAACCCGGCUUAGAAGGCGAAUAUGUCGAAGCCUCGACUGCAGAUGCCAGUUUAACGGAUGCUUCGCUGGUCGUGGACAGCUCCUCAGCCGCUGUCGCCGCUCUUGAUGAGAAGUUGGUUAUUGAUGCCUCUGCAUCAGCUGCAGCUGAAGCCGCAGCUGCAGCGGCUGCCGCUGCUGCUGGCGGUGCUGGAGGUGGUGGUGGCGGCGGUGCUGGACAGGCAGGACAACCCGGCGGCUUGUUGGGCGGAGCUGGCGGCGCAGGUGGAGCUGGUGGCGCUGGAGCUGCUGGUGGUGGUGGCGCUGGCGGCGGCGGUGGAGGCGGUGGAACUUUGACAUCCGGCACGAGCGGACAAAGUGGACAGCCAGGUGGCCCAAGUCCUGCGGGCGCACAACCGGAUGGUGAAGAUGGCGCUGAUGGCGCUGAUGGACCCGAUGGACCGGAUGGCUCGAAGGGCGGCAAAGGAGGCAAGGGCGGUCAAGGUGCACGCAAUGGCGCCGGCGGCGGUGGCGGAGCUGGUGGCGCAGCGCCACAAGCAGCACCCGUAGCUGUGGUACUUCCGGCGCCUGUUUGGCCACUGCCGGAACAUAAUUUGAUCACCGAUUUUUAAGAUGCCUACCAGAUGUACCAGAUGCCAAUUGCCAGUUAGUGUUGUAAGCCAACGUUUAGCCUUAGGUCUAGUCAAUGUGUCAGCUAACCAGCAAGCGAAUAUUAAAAUUCGAAAACGCAAGUUUCGGUCUUGUAUAGUACACUCUGUUAGUGCACGCAAUUAAAGCACGUUACAGUGGCAGCCAUAAAUCUCUAUCUCUGUGCGCACUAUUCGCAAACUGGGCCAACCAACUGGCCAAAAACUUUUAGCCUAGUCGCAACAGCAGCUGCUGCACACAGAUUCCCAUUUCCUUUCGCUCUGUCUCUGUCUCUCUUUCUCUUUCUCUUUGCACAUUACUCUUUUGGUCUCUUGCACUCGCCUGGCGUUGACUUCACUCCCGGAAGGCGAGCGAACGCAACGUCGCUGGAGCAAUUUAAACUUUUGUCAAAUAACAAUAAAUAAGCUUGUCGUACAUGUGUGACCACAACUGAGCAGAA